AUGGCAAUCAGAGAGUUCGAUGAACUCGCCCUUGAUAGGAGUAACUACCCAAUUUGGGCUUCGGAUAUCAAAAUAAACUUUGCUUCUCGUGGGAUUAUUAAAGCAAUUGAGGACCCCGUUGAUGGGGACCCGCUAGUUGAGGACAAGAAGAUAAUGACUGCCCUCUUCUUCCUUCGGCUCUAUAUCCAUAAAGAUCUCAAACAUGAGUACAUGUUAGAGAUGAACCCCCUCACUUUAUGGAAAGCUCUCAAAGAGCACUAUGAUCAGCAAAAGGAACUCAUUUGGUCUGAGGCUAAUUUUGAGUGGUCUCAACUACGCCUGCAGGAUUUUAAAACUGUGGCGGAGUUCAACCAUGUUGUUCAUCAGAUUUGCUCCAAGUUAAAGUUUUGCGAAAAAGAGCCUACGGAGGCAGAAAAGAUAGAAAAAACUCUGUCUACUAUGCUUUCGGAGGACAGGAUACUGAAUCAACAGUAUCGAGCUAACAAUUUCCAGUGGUAUUCUCAGCUUAUACAUACAUUGACUCAGGCAGAAAAACAUCAUGAGCUUUCUCUCAAGAAUGCUCAACAACGCCCACCUGGUUCUGCACCUCUCCCUAAGAUUCACUUCAAUGUUAAGUAUAAUGUUGAUAAUACAAAAGGAUUCAAGGGAAAUUCUUCGAAUAAUCCCAAAAAUUCAACUGGAAAACGCAAACACAACAAUAGGCGCAAAUUCAAGGGACGUAAGAAGGGAAACGGCAAGGGAAAGGCACCACACGCCCGUCACAAUAACAACAAACAUUGCGACGGGUGUGGAUCUGGUUAUCAUGCCGCUAAAGAUUGUCGUAUCCCAAAGCAUCUUGUCCUCCUGUAUCAGAAAUCUCUCAAGGAGAAAAAGUCAUCUGAGGAACCAAGAUAUGAAGCUCACUUCAAUCUUACAAAUGAAGCUAGACCAGAGGUGGGAAGUUCUCAAAAGGCUCCUGUUGAACCAGAGAACAAUCUCGAUCUUCUACCAGAAGACGUUGGUCCACUUUCUUCAACAUAUGACAUGAUCAUUGAGUUUUUCUCAAUGGAUCCACUUGGAGAUUUUCAGUAA